GUCCCAGGACUUCAGAAGAGCUGUGUGACCUUGGCCAAGUCCCUUCUUCCUUUAGGAACGUUGCAGUGGGCCGAAGUGCCUCUUCCUGGGACUGGUACGGGGACGGUCGUGCGAUCUGGACAUUUGCCUUUUAAUGUUUAUUGAUCUUUUGUGACAGGCGCGGGGGUUCCCCAUCAGUAAGGAACCUAAGGGUCGCAGCGCGGGAGCCUGCAGAACCCGCGCUCUGGAUCUCGCGAUAUCUCUUCACAGCGCUUCGCAGCGUCAUCCCCUCCGCGGCCGUGGCGGUGGCGGUGGCGGUGGCGGUGGCGGUGGCCGCGGCGGCGGCGGCGGCAGCGCGUAGCUUACUCACAGGGGCGGCCCAUAUCCCUCCGCCGCCGGCGCGGCUCGGCCCUCCCUCCCCUGGCCCGCCAAUCCCCGCGCCUCCCGACCUGCCCCUCGGCCAGGCCCACCCCGUGCUCCGGCGGCCCCACCCCGGCGGUGCCGCCCGCACGCCCGCGCGUCCCUCGGUCCACCUGCAGCAGGCAAGCAGGAAAGCAGGCAGGAAGGCAGGCAGUCCCUCUGGCUGUCCAACUGAGAGGCGCCGGCUGAGCCCGAGGUUUGGGCUUUUGCUUCCCGGCGGAGGGAUCUGCGGCGGCUGAGGAGGCGGCGCUGAUCCUGGGAGGAAGAAACAGCUACGGCGGCGGCGGCGGCGGCUGGGGCGGCAGCGAAUAAAGGGGCCGCCGCCGGGUGAUGCGGUGACCGCUGCGGCAGGCCUAGGAGCGGAGUGGGCCCCGGCCCUCAGCCAGUCCCGCCGGACCCGCUCUCCUGAACUCUCCAUCUUCUCCGGCCGAGCGCGAUCGCCGAGGCGGCCUCAGGCUCCCUAGCCCCUUCCCCGUCCCUUCCCCGCCCCCGUCCCCGCCCCGGGGGCCGCCGCCACCCGCCUCCCACCAUGGCUCUGAAGAGAAUCCACAAGUACCUAACACAUGUGAUUCAGUGUUUGCCAACAACGUUCAGUGAAUGCCAAUAUCAAGUGGUGUGGCAAAAAAAAAUAGUGGAAUUUUGGAGCAGUUGUGGCCUUAGAUCCAGAUUUAAAGAACCAUGGUAUAGCAGAACACUCAAGUCCUUACCCUUGGAAUUGAAUGACCUGGCUCGUGACCCUCCAGCACAGUGUUCAGCAGGUCCUGUUGGAGAUGAUAUGUUCCAUUGGCAAGCUACAAUAAUGGGGCCAAAUGACAGUCCCUAUCAGGGUGGAGUAUUUUUCUUGACAAUUCAUUUCCCAACAGAUUACCCCUUCAAACCACCUAAGGUUGCAUUUACAACAAGAAUUUAUCAUCCAAAUAUUAACAGUAAUGGCAGCAUUUGUCUUGAUAUUCUGCGGUCACAGUGGUCUCCAGCACUAACUAUUUCAAAAGUACUCUUGUCCAUCUGUUCUCUGUUGUGUGAUCCCAAUCCAGAUGAUCCUUUAGUGCCUGAGAUUGCUCGGAUCUACAAAACAGAUAGAGAAAAGUACAACAGAAUAGCUCGGGAAUGGACUCAGAAGUAUGCGAUGUAAUUAAAGAAAUUAUUGGAUAACCUCUACAAAUAAAGAUAGGGGAACUCUGAAAGAGAAAAGUCCUUUUGAUUUCCAUUUGACUGCUUUCUAUGAGCCCACGCCUCAUCUUCCCCUGUGCACAUGUUUACCUGAUACAGCAGUGCUGCGUGUUGUACAUACUUGGAACAACAAACUAGAAAUACUGUACUUCUGUACCAACAUUGCCUCCUAGCAGAGAAGUGUGUGUGUGACAAGCCAGUUCUACAGGCAUUACCUAGGUGUGAGACUAAAAUCUUUCCUUAUUGACUUAAAUUUGGGUAACAGCAAGGUGUGAGGGGGGUGGUGGGUAUGGUGUGUGCUUGGAUGAGAAAGAAAAAGCUCCACUCACCUGUAGGAGAUUAUUUUUAAGUGGAAUCCAUUUAAACUCAAAACAUUUAUGAAAAGCAAGGUGAAGAACAUGAAGCUGUGUCUAUAUUCAUUUUAUUCCGAAGGAGCUACGUCUUAGGUGAAAGUUAUGACCAACCAGAUUAAACUCUACCCACAUCCUGCAUUUUAAGGUCUAAGUUUAACUGGUCAACAUUUAAAUGGAUUGGAGCUAUUAGUACAUCAAGUGUAAUGGGCUUUGUUCCCAACUCUUUUACAUAUCCCUACCCCUUCAACCUUUGGCCUUUCAGCCCUUCUUUCUCUCUACCAUAUUUUUGGUUUGUAUGUGGUUUCUCAGUUAAUACAUAGCUAAUAGCUCUUAUUUUUCUUAUGUUUUUAACUGCUUAGGUCUAUUUGGAUGUAAGGGUGAAAAUUCAUUUGAUGGAAAUACUUGUGUAUAUUUAAAGACCCAGUUGCUCCUCUGGAGCUUGUACGUUCAAGAAUGAUUAAUCUGUGUAAUAAACUGAUUACUACAGUCAUUACAUACAA